CUUAACCUUUUUUACGUAAAUUAACUCUACUCUAAAAAAUUUUUUGUACUUAACGAUAUCUAAAAUGUCUGACAACGUUGCUAAUAAUUCUAAUGAGUGGAUUAAUUGGAUUGAAGAAUCUAUUGCAAAGAAGCAAAUUAGAUAUUACGACUAUAACCAUUUUAAAAAUAUUCGAGAGAUUGGUUCUGGAGGUUUUGGAAAAGUGUGUCGUGCAAACUGGAAAAAUUCUCAUAAUUAUUUAGCGUUGAAAUCUUUUACUAAUUUUAAUAUCACGGCUAAAGAAAUUGUUAAUGAACUUAAACUUCAACGUGAAGUGGAUUUUCAUGAAAAUAUAAUUCGCUUUCAUGGUAUUACAACAAAAAUCCAAAGUGAUGAUUCAAAAAAAUAUUUGCUAGUGAUGGAAUAUGCCGAUAGUGGUACCCUUCGAAACUAUUUAAGCCAACACUUUGAAAAUCUCUCUUGGAAUGAGAAGUUUACUUUGGCAUUUCAAUUAGCUAAUGCCAUAUUGUGCUUACAUGAUGAAGAUAUAGUGCAUCGUGAUUUGCACUCCAAUAAUAUAUUAGUUCAUAAGAAUACCAUCAAAUUGAUUGAUUUUGGAUUAUCAAAAAGGAUUGAAGAAUCAUCUGAUAUUCAAUCAAAAUUAUUUGGAGUGGUGCCUUAUGUUGAUCCACAAUUUUAUAAUAGAAAAAGAGAUAGCAAUAAUCAAUUACAAAUAUAUAAAUUAAGUAAAAAGAGUGAUAUAUACAGUAUUGGCAUACUCUUAUGGGAAAUCUCUAGUGGACGUCCACCUUUUUGUAAUGAACCAUGCGAUGUUGGUUUAGCUAUGGAAAUAUCACAAGGUCUUAGAGAGAAGCCCAUUCUCAAUACACCUGAAGAUUACAUAAAAAUAUAUACUGAAUGUUGGAAUAAUGAACCAGAUAAUCGUCCAACUAUCGACCAGGUUGUUGCAAGAAUAAAUGCAAUUAUUACUCAAAAAGAAAGUAUCCGAUUACCAAAUGAGCAGCAAAAUAAUGUUGAAAUGCCUAACAAUAUAAUUAGUGAAUCAUUGCAUGGAGAAAUGUCUCAAUUUAUUCAAAAUUUCGAUAAUAUGAAUGCAGAAGAAAUGGAAACGAUGUCAUCAAAGAAUAACUUCGACAUAAUUGUUAAUGAAAUAAUUAUCAUUUUUGACAAUAUAGAAAUGAAAAUGAGAAAACGUAAAAUUUUAAAUUAUGCUAAUGAUCAUAAUAUAAUUUUACAAGAAAUUUAUGAUUGGUUAUUAAAUAAUCAGGAUAAUACUAAUUCUGUUCUUUUACUUGGAGUAUUUAAUCAUUUUGGAAUAGAAGUUAGUGUUGAUGAACAAAAGGCAUUUGAACUAUAUCAAAAUGCAGCAGAUUUAGGAAAUAUAUUUGGAAUAACUAGUUUAGGAUAUUGUUAUAUAAAAGGAAUUGGUGCCAGUGUUGAUGAGCAAAAGGGAUUUGAACUAUAUAAAAAGGCUUCAAAUUUAGAAAGUGUACAUGGAAUAUAUAAUCUAGGGAAUUGUUACUUUUAUGGAAUUGGAACUAGCGUUAAUGAACAAAAAGCAUUUGAAUUAUUUCAUAAAGCUGCAAAUUUAGAAUAUUCAUUUGGAAUAAAUAAUUUAGCAUAUUGUUAUCGUAAUGGAGUUGGAACUGUUGUCAAUGAGCAAAAGGCAUUUGAACUAUAUCAAAAUGCUGCAAAUUUAGGAAAUUAUAUGGCCCAGUGUAAUCUUGGUAAUAUGUAUGAAUAUGGAGUUGGAAUUAAUAAGGAUGUAAACCAAGCAAUUUAUUGGUAUGAAAAAUCUGCAGAACAAGGAUAUCAAGAAGCUCAAGAUAGUUUAAGUAACUUAAUCAAUUAAAAGUAUUAUUUAGUUAUAUAGUAAUAAGUUUUCAGUGUGCUUUCCAUAUUAUUCUGUAAAUGAAGUUUGUUUAGUCAAAUCAUGGUAGUCAUUAUAUGAAUAAUAUAAUGGAAUAUUAAUUACUUAGUACGUUUAUUUUGUAAUAACCAAACAAAAUGACUAACUUUUUAAUAAUUAUUAAAUUAAAUCAUAUACCUAUUGACAGUAAAUUGUAUAAAUGGAUCUAAGGAUAGUAACUUUAUCUUUGUAUAUUAUUAUCUUAGUAAACAAUAAAGUUUUUAGUUGUAAAAUUAAAAUUAUUCAUUUUUAUAAUGAACUUUUUGACAUGGCAAAACUAAUAUGUUUCACAGAUGAAUAGUCACAUGAACCGGAUUACUAUUUUAAUUGUAAUUGGGAAAAAUAAUUACCGUAUAGCACAGCAUA